CCAGCUAAUUGCUGUACGCCUUGUGCUCUCGGCGGGCGCGCGUGCAGCCAAACGACAAAAGAAAGGGUCCCCCAAACAAUCCCGUCUCCCUCUCUGCACACACACCCCCUCCUACACAGUACAGCCUUCGCCCAACGCCCGCAGAGGUCCAUUCCAGCCAAAUACAAAAAGCCCGCCGCCAGUGCGACUGCCCUCAUCCGCACUUUGCUGCUACACCGAGGUCGCGACACCACCACCCCUGCCUCCUGUUGCUGCCGCUUUCUCCGACAAUCAGGCCACCCGCUUUUCCGCCCGCGCCAGCCAGCAGCCCUCUUGCACUCACACGCACACCUCACUCUGUCUUUUCUGCUUGCUUGCUCUCGCGCCUCACCACCGCCCGCAUUAACCACCCAGUGACGCCCAUCUGCCAUUCGGUCCGUAUCCUGUGCUUCCGUCUCAUCUAGAUCCAUCUGCUCGACGCCGCCUUGCCCGCCCGUGCUGCGUGCCAUCUGUGCCCCAGGGCUUGCCUUUCAGCCCGCCCCAGCGCCGACCGUCACCACCGGUCCCUCUACCUUCGCAUCUAUGCCAUGAAUGACUUGAAUCAAUUCUGCAUUUGAUAGCUAAUAACCACAACUUCUGCUGGUAAGAUGCUCCACCUUCCCCGAUCACCAUUCCGGUUCCUCCUACCUUUUCGUCCCGUGGCUGUCUCCUGCCUGUCUCUCUCUCUUUUCUUGUUGCUGUCGACAUCGCUGCCGGCUGGCUUCCCAUCCCUCAUUCCCUUCUGCCACCCAUGGCGGCUCCCGACCCACUAGACGGCAUAUUGCACCUCGAGCACGUUGCUGUCGGACCCUAUUGCGUUUUCGAUAGCUUCCAGCCUCUCUCCAAUCCACCAUCUACCAUUCCUCUUCACUCCUCCUCAACCCUGCUGGAAACCGCCAACCAGCGCAUGGUCGACCCCAUCAUGACCAACUCUUUCGCCUACCAAGAAGGUAUGCGCCCCUCGUGGUUCACCACCGCAGCCGACGACAUGCCCUUAUCCGCCCCGUCCGACGAUAUUGCCGGAGCAAACUGGAGCGAGUUCAUGGCUUGGGAUCACAACACUACCUCCCAAGCUCCGCAUGUCAAGCUGAGCGGUCCCGUUGGAGUUCGGAAGACCGAACAGCAGCAAUCUCCCAUCUUUGAUCGUCGUCAGGACUCUCCCUCGAAUGGCAUUCCUACUUCUACGACCAUCGGCAGUGAUCCGUCCAUCAAGGCGCCUUUUACGUUUGGCGAGAACCCCGAGCUUCCUUCCACCUUUAACUUCGAUGCCAAUGUUUCCAGCUCACCAUCUUCGGGCGACGGGCAACAGCAACAGCAAGGCAAUUUCUAUCCCAUGUGGCAGCAACAACAACAAGUAGGCGAUGGCUCCUUAUUUCACCAAGGAAUGGAUCAGUCACGUGCGUCCGUCGCCCCCAUGCAAAAUAUGUCGAGCAGGUCAAGCCUACAUCAAAGUCAGAGCCCAGGUUCAAUCCGCAACGGCCCAAUCAGCUCCCCGUCCGAACAGUCCACUCCGGAACCAGUACUGGACAAUCCUAAGAAGAGGAAGUCCUCCACCAACGAUGAUGACUCAACACCGAACGGCAAGAGGGAGAAAUCUCAGCCUCCCAAAAAGACGGCGCAUAAUAUGAUCGAGAAAAGGUAUCGAACGAAUCUUAAUGAUAAGAUUGCUGCUCUGCGCGACAGUGUGCCCAGUCUUCGAGUCAUGUCCAGGGCGAACGGCACAGGGGAAGAGGAGGACGAUCCCGAGGACUUGGAAGGUCUUACACCAGCUCACAAGCUCAACAAGGCAACCGUGCUGUCCAAAGCAACGGAAUACAUUAGACACCUUGAGAAGCGGAAUAAGCGCUUGCAAGACGAGGUCACAGCUAUGAGUCGCCGUAUCGAGAACUACGAAAAAAUGGCAAUAUCAGGCUCCAUGAAUGUACAUGGCUCCGUGGGUACUCCAGACGGAAGCAGAUACUCCGAAGAUCCCUUUACGCCGUCGCAUUCCAUGUCCAUGUCGGGUCCACCCCAGGGUAUGAUUCCUGUACCCGAUCACAUCGCCGGUCUACGCCACGGCUUGCCUCCUCAGGGUCACUAUGCCGCGGCGUAUCCGCAGUACUCUGGCGCCUCGCGUCCUGGGCAAACAGGACCGCCCAUGGUCCCUGGUCGCCGCAACACCAUGAUGGGCAAAUUGAUCGUUGGCUCCUUGGCUGGACUAAUGAUCUUGGAAGGCGUUGCCGAGAGAAGACAGUCCAAAGAAGAGCCGUCAGAUCGUGGUCUGUCAGCUCUGCCUUUCCAUGCCGCGGCUAUCCUUGCCCCCCGGGUCUCUCUCGGCGCUGCCAAUGCUCAAAUCCCCAUCGCCAAAGUACUUCUCGUAUUCGGCGCUCUGUUCUACAUCAUUGCGCCUUUCUUCAAACCCAAUACGAAGAACAAGAAAAAGACCGCCCAGAUUGUUAACCUGGCUCAAAACCCUUCGCUGGCGUUACCAGUAGAAAUGCGACAAAAAGCAUGGCUCACUUCGAUUCAGACUGUUUGGGUUCCACGCCACAACUUUUGGCUCGAGGUUGCCGCUCUGGCUAUCAAAACAGUGAAGCUCAGCGUGCGCAAAAUCAUCGGCUGGGAUGGUUACGCUCUGCUCACUGGCACUACUAAAGAGCAGGAAAUAGCCCGCGUGAAGUCCUGGGGAAUUGCGUUGGACGCGCAACUCACGGGCGGCGACGCCGAGAUCAGUAAGAGCAGACUUGUUUUGACAUUGAUGGCAUCGGGAACAUUACCGGAUACUCCAGCCCGACUCAUGCUCAAAGCGUUGCAUAUACGGGUUUUGUUGUGGGAACUUGCCCAUGCUGGGCAUGGGUUGUCCUGGAUGUGCGAUAAUUUGAGCGCCAAGUUGUCCCGCAGGUACUGGAACAUGGCCCGAAGUGAGCAGAAGAUUGCUGCCAACUUGGCUUCCAAGCCAGAGAACGAGCUGGAGCCUUUGCCAGAGCAUCUAGCAGUGCUUUUGGAGGAAGAGUGUGACGACGUCCUCGUGCCCUCUAUCAUCCAGCGCGCCUACAAUCUGGCUUGGAAUCGUCCGAUUGCUGAGCACACCUCUGCAGAUCCUUCAAUGGACGGCGUGGUCGAGGAUUUUGCCAUUUCCUCGCCACUCGAUGCGCUUGCUGCCUGGUACUCCAGUUACAGGCUAAAGCGUGGUCUCGUUGGCUACUUGGGAUCUAGGGGCGGCAAAGUGAAGGACAAUAUCAAGACGGAUCUUGAACUUGCCGUUCAGACUGCGCCCCCGACAUCUCAAGCCCACGUCAGGUCACUGGUUGCACAAGCGGUUGUACUCGAAGAUAACACCAAUGCUCGCAUUGCCACUGCGUGCAAUGCUUUGCCAUCACCGCCCACAGCCGCGCAGUCAAAACAAACGACGUUCAUGAAUCUCGUCGGCAAUGCCGAUACAGCCAUCGAUGUGCGCAAAGCGUUGACACUCGCCAAAUGCCACAUGCUCAUUCAACAUACCAGCGUCUCGGCUCGCCAGCGCGCCGCCUUUGUUGUCAACAACACUCGCUUGGUUGAAGGCACGACGACUUUACUCAGCUUCGUUGCAGCCUACAAAGUUUUGAACCAUUUUGUCCAGGACCCGAUAGUGCGCUCCCAGACAAGCUACGGUCUGGAGAAGAUGGCCAGUCUAUUGCGCCAUUGGGUUGGCCACGAGACAGGCAAGCAAAGCGGACUAGGCAACAGAGUCCGAGGUAGACUCGUGAGCAGGUGUCUAGAGGCGAGCAAGAUGCUAGUCGGGCUCGCCGAGAAGGAGGAUAUGGACCCUGGCUAUUUCAGCUCCAGUAUGAAAGGUGACGAGGUCGAGUCCUGA